AUGAUCCUCAUGCAGCAAGAGAACUCUGUUUCAAUCUGAGACCAACUGAUAUAUCUGGCUGAUGUUUCUGAUCAUAAUUGACUGCCAGCUAAUUACUCAAGUAGUUGGCGGGGGAACAAAGAAAGAGUCUGUGACGCUUGUUUCACGUGCGGCUUCGCUAGCUUCAGAUCGAACCGGUUAAGAUCGGUGAGGUCUCUCUUGUGUGCUUGUGUGAAUACAACCACCAGCAUUCUAUUAUCCGGGUGUUGUUAUAUAUAUUAUAUCACCAAAAAGUAAUAACAGUAUGUAUUCCAACUGAGACAUUCCACAAUGCUUCAGUUUCCCCCUCUACUGACCCCGGCCCGCUCCGGCACCCCUCAUGGCUCCUGUCUGCUGUCGCGAACCUGGACGAGUUUCCUCAACCUGCUGAAAGCAGCGUCUCAUCGCGCGAGUAAUUAAGGACAGGGUCAUUUGGUCCCUGUGCCUCUCUCGCGAUGGGAACCCAGAAUUAUCAUCGUGUCCAAUCGUCCUCGCCUGCUCUCCAGACGACACCACAAGGGACCAUCCGUGCCGGUGCCUCGUCAUUCACUUCUUGGGCGCCGUCCUCCGAUGCCGACGACGAAGAUUCCUCUCUAGACCAUGCACGUUACGAUAUGCAGGACGACUUUCCAGAAGAGCAGCUCCUGCUACCGCAGUAUCCGGGCGAUGACACCAGACCGACGAGCAAGAAAGAGCUAGCAGGAUGGUACAGCUAUGGAUGGGCAGCGGAGGUCUUCACUGUGUGUGCUAUGGGCUCCUUUCUUCCCAUGACUUUGGAACAGAUGGCCCGCGAUCGAGGAGUUCUGCUAUCCGACAAGACCACGCCAUGUAGUGCUUCGUGGAACAGCGCCCCGAAGUCUUCCCCCGUGAGCGCUUCGGAACUGCUAUCGGCCUGGGAAAACCACCAUGAUCCCAAAACCGGUGCUUGCGUCGUCUACUUCCUGGGCCUUGAAAUCAACACUGCGAGCUUUGCUAUGUAUACAUUUUCAGUAAGCGUGCUGAUCCAAUCAUUGCUUAUCAUCUCCAUGUCUGGGGCAGCAGACCAUGGAAGUUAUCGCAAGUUUCUGCUUGUCGUGUUCGCCCUCCUGGGUUCGACCGCUACCAUGUUGUUCCUGGCAGUUGUGCCCAAUGUGUAUCUUCUUGGGUCUUUGUUUGCGAUCAUCGCAAACACGUGCUUUGGAGCGUCCUUUGUGCUUUUGAAUUCAUUCCUGCCGCUUCUGGUCCGACAUCAUCCGUCGGUGACCAAAAGCACGGUCGACGCUGCGGUGGAUGCUGGGGUAGAAGGCUCCUACUCAGAAGAGCCGGAGGGGGGGCAUGGCACCGAGACUGUCACCGAGGCCAACGUCACGACGCCGCUCUUACAAGCGAGUCGAGCCAACGGUGGACCAGCAGAGCAGAAUGAGGACAUUGCAGAGCCAGUCAGUACUGCACCAGAGUUGCAGCUGUCUACUCAAAUCUCAUCGAACGGCAUUGGUAUUGGGUACAUCGCGGCGGUCAUCCUCCAGGGUCUAUGUAUCCUGGUCGUCAAGUUUACCGGCCAGACAACGUUCUCCCUACGACUUGUUCUCUUCAUGAUCGGAGCGUGGUGGUUUGUCUUCACCAUCCCUGCCGUCAUUUGGCUACGGCCGCGGCCUGGGCCUCCCCUGCCGUUUGCCUUCCGAGAUAAGAAACGUGGCUCCUGGGUCGGAUAUAUGGGUUAUGCGUGGGCCUCACUUGGCAAAACCAUUUUACGCGCACGCAGACUUAAAGAUAUCCUACUCUUCCUUGCCGCAUGGUUCCUCCUAAGUGAUGGCAUCGCUACGGUGAGCGGGACCGCCGUGCUCUUUGCCAAGACACAGCUGGGGAUGCAACCUGCUUCGUUGGGUCUGAUCAACGUUGUUGCAAUGAUAUCGGGUGUCUUGGGAGCCUUCUCGUGGAGUCGAGUUUCCCGCUUGCUAGGCCUGCGGCCGUCACAGACCAUCAUCGCAUGCAUCUGCUUGUUCGAACUUAUUCCGAUCUACGGCAUGUUAGGUUUCAUCCCCGCUGUGCAGAGGCAGGGCACCUUUGGACUGCAGAACCCGUGGGAAAUGUUUCCGUUGGGUGCAGUGUACGGUCUCGUCAUGGGCGGUCUGUCCUCCUAUUGCCGCAGCUUCUUCGGCGAGCUCGUUCCGCCGGGCUAUGAAGCUGCCUUUUACGCUCUCUAUGCUAUUACGGACAAGGGAUCGAGCGUGUUCGGGCCGGCUGUGGUGGGAGCCAUUACCGAUCGGUACGGCGAAAUCCGACCAGCGUUUGUGUUCCUGGCUGUCCUGAUCCUCUUGCCGCUGCCGCUGAUGCUCCUGGUCGACGUGGACCGGGGCAGACAGGAUGCCUUGGACCUGGCGGCCGAGUUGGAGGGACGGCAGAAAGGACAUGCCUAUCGGGCAGUUCCUACGAUCCAGCUCGUCGAUGAAGAAAACGGAGAGGAGCCGCCGAUGGGCGACCACUACGGGGCUCCUGGGCCUGGAAUGUGAAUACUAAUAUAUAGUGAGCCAAGCGUAUUUCCAGCGAUCUACUUUAUUUCAGAUGUCUUGUGUUACGUUCUGCGUAUUACUGUCAUUUCAGUUUGGGGAGUUCGUCCUUCUUUUCGUAUAGAGUCAUGAAGAAAAUCUGUCGGUAAUGAAUCAAUCUCCACAUAGCAUACUUAUUUGUACUCUACUCCUUCUCCCUUCGUAGGAUAACCGUCCCUGGAUAUACUCGAGGUCCUCUCCCAUUACAGCGGUG